UCGCGAUUGGCUGGCCGCCUGCCGCCACGUGAUGCCAUUUUGGCGCGAAGCUGCCGGCUUGUCGUUGUUGACGGAAGUGGCGCUAUCAGCAUGGACCUGUCGCCGUUCGAGCGGGACAACUCUCAGAACUGUCUCCUGGCUUCCCCGGUACCGGAGCAGUGCAAGAAGGAGGGAUGUUGCCUGGGGAUAGACGAGGCCGGUCGGGGGCCCGUGCUGGGUCCCAUGGUCUAUGGAAUUUGUUAUUGUUCUGUGUCCCGGAAAAAGGACUUGGAAGAUCUGAAAGUUGCAGACUCCAAGACCCUGAAUGAGGCAGAGAGGGAGCGGCUGUUUGAGCUUUUGAAUGGGAAGACAGAGUUUAUUGGCUGGGCCCUGCACAUAUUGUCGCCCAAUAUUAUAUCUACCAGCAUGCAGCAAAGGGCAAAAUACAAUCUCAAUGCCUUAUCCCACGAUACUGCCAUAGGACUUGUCCAGCAUGCUCUGGACACUGGUGUGCAAGUGACAGAAGUGUUUGUGGACACGGUUGGUCCAGCAGAAAAGUAUCAGGAAAAGCUGAAGCACAGGUUUCCCGAGAUUGAAGUCACAGUGAGACCCAAAGCUGAUUCUCUGUUCCCUGUGGUCAGUGCGGCCAGUAUCUGUGCGAAGGUUGCCAGAGACCGAGUGGUAAAGGGUUGGAAAUUCCUGGAGGAUCUGACAGAUGUUGAUACAAAUUACGGCUCCGGUUACCCAAACGACCCAAAAACCAAAGAGUGGCUUGUUCGACACCUGGACCCUGUCUUUGGAUACCCGCAAUUUGUCCGCUUCAGCUGGAGCACGGCUCAGACUAUCUUGGACAGCAAGGCCGCCCCUGUGGUGUGGGGCGAUGAUGACGAAGAGGCUUCUGGGAAAUCUUCAUCCCAUUCUCUCCUUUCCUUCUUUUCCACGUCUAAAGACUCGACGAAGCCCCAGAGCCACCGGUUCUUCAUGGAGCGGCAGCUGGAGCCGCUGGCUGAUUUGUAGGGAAGUCCAUCCACUGGAAAUGAUUCUAAAUAUCCUCUAGUGCAGGCCUGACCAACCUAUGGCUUUUCAGCUGUUGUGAAACUACAAGUCCCAGCAUGCUUUACCAGCAGAUUGUUGGGAGAGUAUGUCGGGACUUGUAGUUUCCCAUCAGCUGGAGAGCCACAGGUUGGCCAGGCCUGCUCUAGUGUUGUAGUUGCUACCCCUGACUCACCAGUGCGCUGGAAACCCCUUCCAGUUAAACACAAAUGUGACUACACCUGGGUAUCAGUAUGAAAGGUGUCAUGCAUUCUGUAGGUGUAAAUGAUUUAUGACUCACAAGUGUCACUAGGUUUGAGAACACCCUCGACAAUGAUGCUUUGGUGUAAAUGCAGUUUAGUAAACGGUCAUUGACCUGAACAGUGUUUUGAUCUCGACUUGUCAGUGUUUUGCCUCUGCUGUGGAAUAUUUUGGUGUGAAAUGUUUAAAUAAACCCAGAUUUUACAGA